AUGAACGAUGCAACGACGUCCCUGCUCACAGAGCACUUCAGCUACACACCAUUAUCUUUGAUUGACGAUAUCAUCAAUUCUAUCAACAACUUGAUCUACCAGGCUAUUUCGAGCUUGGAGACCGGCUUGCUCGCUACUCCUCCGGAACGUCUAGGAUUUUCGCAGGCCACCAAUGGCUCUACUAUCCCCGAUACAGAUGAAGAUGGCAACAUUGUUUACCCGGAAGCGAAAUUAGAGCUGGAGAACGGAUUGCACCAGCUUGAAACCCUUCUUGAGGCUAACGUGGACAAAGCGUUCGACAAAUUUGAAAUUUAUGUGCUACGAAACAUCCUCACGGUGCCGGAGGACCUGCAUCCGUGGGUGCGAUUGAAGCAUUAUGAAGGCCUGACAACCACCCCAUCGCCCGAUCAUCCCACUCCAGAGAGUAUUCAUGCGCAACGGAAAAAGCUUCUUGAAACCAGGAAACUCAACCGGUUGUUAAAAGAGGAAGCGGAUCGCAAUGCAGCCGUCAUUUGUCAGCUAAAGAACAUCGUUUCUACUAUGGAGACGGCCAAGAAAGAGGGCACAGUACAGGAAGAAAAACCACCGGUGGAUCUCACUUUCCUGACCUCGAGUCCUGCGGCAAAACAGCUUCGCGUGGGAGUAGAUGCUGGCUCCAAUAUCCAGCAUACCCCUCUCACGACAAGUACCAAUUUCAUUCUCUCUCAGCUUCCUGCAUUGCAGGCGACACUGGAAAGCUUGCGGCCGAAACUGGCAUCAUUGUCUAUGCCAGUAAGCAAACCCGAGGUCAAGUCCAAGAGAGAUGAGCGAAAAGAAUACAUCGAGAGUCGUAUUCGCUUGCACCUUGAGAGAGCUGGGCAGCUGGCUAUAGGCGAGGAUCGCAAUCCUGAAUCUGUCAUUGCUGGUCGCCGAAUUGACAUCUCCGAGGCUCAGGCCCUUGAGAACGUUGCCAAUAUGCUUACGCAGCAGAAGAAAUCUACUUAA